GAAUGAACAAGCCGCCGAUAUUUACUGCUGGCCUUCCGUCGCACCGUUUACGGGCAGACGAAUCUUUAGAGCCGCCGGAGUGGGGCUGGAGUUGACUGAACAGCCGCGGAGUCCUGAAGCCGCCUCUGUCCGUGGUGCUGAAGCGGGGCAGAGCGCCCCCUCGCUCCGGAACAGAGGGGGCUCUGUUAACACAGACCGCCUUACUGUUCUCAACUCGACUGGUCUGCUUGGACUUGGAUCGGAGGCUUUUUUUUCCCAACAGUCCUAACGCUAUAGUAACGGGGCUGCUGCGCUCGUCUCUUUGACAAGUCACGGAUUACUGUGCGUGUGCAACCGGAGCUUUAACUUUGCCAGGCUGCGCCGUGAAGAAUGCUCCCAAUUUGUAUUAGUCAGCUCUUUUUCCGCUUAAAGAUGGCAAUGCUGAGAAAUAUUUGCAUGCAUCUUCUAGCUGGAGAAUUUCAACAAAAUCGACAGGUUUUUGCGAUACCCUUGAAGAAUUUGGAAAUCGAUUGAAGAAGGAGAGGAAAAUAAAAAAGAGCCGCUUGCACUGGAUGUUGAAGUGAACUGGAAAUAAGCCGGGAAAUACAAUUCCAGACGUUGCAAUCCCCACAUUUAUGUUGCUCACCACAGCUGGCCAGGGUCUUAUUAUUCUACAGUGAGCCGUCGGAGAAAAGCGGGCAAUCAUGUUUCCGACUGGGUUAUAUGAGAACACCAUGUUGCUGGUGCCGCUUGCUAAACACUGGGAAGGACAGCAGGUGUGAUGUAUAACUCUACUUAAACGGCAUUCCCUGAAUACAGGAUUACUUUUUUCCUUCCGGAAUUUUGCAAGCUGCCUUUGCUAAGCGGUUUAACUGGAAGUUGCGCUAUGUGCGUGUCCGCUCCUGGAGGACCUGCUUAAUUCCGACUAACAAAGUGGAACCAGGCAGUUCUGCGCGGAAUUACCGCGGCCAAUGAUGGGUCGUCUCGCCCCUGCGACCUGCGUCCUGCUGCUCGCCCUGAUCGCCGCCGUGUCACCGGCCUCCGUCAGCCCCGAGGAUUACCCAGCGGACGAGGCAGAGAGGACGACCAACAAUGACAUCAUUUUCGACGACUACCGUGGGAAGGGCUGCGUGGACGACAGCGGCUUUGUAUACAAGCUGGGGGAGCGCUUCUUCCCCGGACACUCGAACUGCCCGUGCGUGUGCACCGAGGACGGGCCGGUGUGCGACCAGCCGGAGUGCCCCAAGAUACACCCCAAGUGCACCAAAGUGGAGCAUAACGGGUGCUGUCCAGAGUGCAAGGAAGUCAAAAACUUUUGCGAAUAUCGAGGAAAGACCUAUAAGGUCUUAGAGGAAUUUAAGCCCUCCCCCUGCGAGUGGUGCCGCUGUGAGCCAAAUAACGAGGUGCACUGUGUGGUGGCGGACUGUGCCGUUCCCGAGUGCGUCAACCCCGUGUACGAGCCGGAACAGUGCUGCCCCAUCUGCAAACACGGCCCAAACUGCUUUGCCGGAACAACAAUCAUCCCAGCCGGCAUUGAAGUGAAGGUGGAUGACUGCACCAUCUGCCGUUGCCACACCGGGGACUGGUGGAAGCCAGCGCAGUGUCUGCGGAGGGAGUGCCUCAAUGGGCAGACGUUGUCAUAGGAACAACCCAAUGCCCCGCCCCUUGGGGGGCGUGGUCGAGAUUGGCCCCACCCCAACCCAGUGUGACAGACUGACUGGAGCACAAUCCAUGUGGAAAAAGACCGAAGAACACUGUUGAUGCCUGAAAUACAAACUAAAUAUACUGCUUAAACCAUCAGGGGCAUGGAAGAGGCUGAAAGAGCCGUUUUUUUUUUUUUCCUGUUCACUUUACAACUCGUUCAUUUUAUCACUUGCUAAUGCUGCUUACACAGUUUAUAUUUUAUUUGUUUAUCGUAAGCUAUGGACAAUAACAUUGAUAACAAAGACAAAUUUUAAGCAGUAUGCUUAGACUUGCAUAGAAUGGUGGAAACAUUAAACAAUAUAAAGUGUUGAAAGACUAUGAAAUAAAUUAAAGGAAAUUAUUACACAUUA